ACGCCGGAAAUGGAAAUCGCCCCAAUGCAAUCCUGCCAGUCGACUCUCCGACACAAAGGUGUCGCCUGUGUGAUCUGCAUCGCUUUGUUUCUGGCUCAGGCCGGAGCGUUAGACUUUUAUCUGGUCAAUCAUUUAUCGAUCGAUUACCUGGCCUGGCUGGUGGCUGAUUUUAUCAACCUCGUCCUGCUUGUGACAAGCACCUUUCGUCCGACUUUAAAAAUACCCCCAAAAGGCGGGAACGGUCACCAUAGGACAUUUAGCAUUUCCUGGUUUACGUGGCUAAGUAUCAGUAUCAACGCCAGCGUCAAGAUCGUUCUAAUCAUUCAUAAAAACGCGAUGGAGCUGGAAAAAGAUCCAUCAUUUUUUGGUCCAAAUACUUUUAAAACAGCCGUGGCGCUGGGGAGUUGUAUUUUCCUUUUACUUUUGAUCACCCAGCACGACGCCCCGCGGCGCAGCGCAGAGUGGAAGUACAUCGACGACUUGACCGACACGGUGGUCUUCGAUAUUUUGGACACGGUCGACAUCCUGGACGUCUUCUUCAACUGCGAUGACCGCGACUCCUUGUGGGACGGGUUAGAAGAAAUCAUUCUGGCGCAGUCGGUGCUGAAUCUGGUCUUACCCACCGUUCCUCUCGUGACGCUGUGCUGCACGGGGUUCGGGAAGACAAGGAUCAGCAAACAUUUGGUUUACAUUCACCGGUUGCUAGUCGUGCUUGUGGUCAAUGUCCCCAACCUCGUCACUCGCUUUGUGCUAUGGCACGGCGUCAGUGUCGGCAUUUCCCCGUUUGUGCUCAAGAACAUUAUCCUCAUUUGUCUCGCUCUCUCGGAGUUUUACGAACAGAGAAAGGAAGAGCUUAAAGACGCUAAAAAUAAGAAAAACAAAUCUCAGAUUAAAUGUAACCAUAUUGGUACACAAAUUGACCUGAGUCCAGAGGACAGUGUUGAUCAACAGAGCAACACCUCGGCAUCAGCGGAUCCUGAAAAUGACUCGGUUUCAUCGGACUCAGAAUACACAGUCUCAGAUGGCACACAUUCCACUCCACUUUAAGUUCUCAUACUCAAUCAUCAAGGCUUCCAUAGAUCAUUCUUUACUUGUAUUAUAGAAACGCAUGGCAUUUAACAUUUGCAUGUAUCUAAUUACAUGAUUGAUAAGAUCUUAUUAGAUGCUUAAACUUUAUUUUAGACAGAUUUUAUUUGUUAUAUUUUAUAAGUUUUCACACUACGUCAAGUACGAACUUAACAAUGAUUUGCGUAAGUCUCGUGCUAAUCUUAGAAAACAUGCACAUAUAAUAACAAUAAAACAAAUAGAAUAUCUUGACUCACUCUUACCCCAUAGUAUGCUAGUGCUAAUCUUAGAAAACAUGCACAUAUAAUAACAAUAAAACAAAUAGAAUAUCUUGACUCACCCUUACACCCAACACAUACAUACCACCAUACAUGUGAGUCACGUGUUAUUUUUAUUAGGAACAGUAGGCCUAUAUUAUGUUACAUAAAACGAUGUUUAAGCUAGUGGAGGCACCUUAAUCAAUGAAUUUUUUUUUAAUAACAGAAAUUCUGUAAAGCAAAAUUAAAAUGUUAAAAGUGGUUUUAAAAAAAUAAAAGCAGAGUUAAAUAAUAAUGUUUUAAACCAUCUCUACCCCAAAGUACACAAUAAAACAAAUGACGUUUGUUUAUAUUUUAAUUCGUAAAAAAUGAUAUAGUACUAAACAAAUAUAAAUAUUGAAUAGUUAAAAUAUUAUUUUGAAUUUUCCAUUGCAAAAAUAUGUAUUUUUCAUAUAACUGAUAAGCAGUGUUGUAAUAACAUUAGGCAGUUACUGUAAAAAGUUUUGGCUUACUGUAUUAUAUAACCCGUGUACACUUUUGUAGAUGAAAAAUAUUAAGGGGUACUACAAUCUGUAUAAAGUACUAUAAAGCAGCACCAUGUUGUUAUUACACAACUGAUAAAUAUGUCUAUACUAAUGUUUACACCAUUAUUGUAAAUUGUGUAAUU